UCACUGAAGAUCUUGUGAGAAGACGUGCAGAACAUAACAACUGUGAAAUUUUUUCACUGGAAGAAAUUUUUUUGGAAAUAGAAAAACUAGAGUAUCUUGACAAAUGGUGUCGAGAUUUAAAAAUUCUCUAUCUUCAGAAUAAUCUAAUUCCAAAAAUUGAAAAUGUGGGCAAACUAAAGAAGCUCGAAUAUUUGAAUCUAGCUUUGAACAACAUUGAAAGAAUUGAAAAUCUGGAAGGCUGUGAAGAACUGAAGAAACUUGACCUGACAGCAAAUUUCAUUGGUGAACUCUCCAGUACUGAAUCCCUAAAAUAUAAUAUACAUCUGAAAGAACUGUUUUUAGUGGGUAACCCAUGCACUGAAUUUGAAGGUUAUAGACAAUUUGUGGUAGCAACUCUUCAUCAACUAAAAUAUUUGGAUAGUAUAGAAAUAAAACAUUCAGAGAGGAUUCAAGCACAUCAAAACUAUUCAGAAGUGAAACAGAAAAUCAGAGAACAGGAACAAGCUUACUUUCUCAGAAGGGCCAGAGAAAAAGAAGAGGCUCAAAGAAGGAUGCAAGAAAGAAAAGACAAGAAACAAAAACAAAUGGAAUCUAAGCUUGGAUUUGACAGCCCAGACUCCCUACAGAAGAAAGAAAACCAUCAGUCAGAAGGAGAGAGAGGACAAGAAACACAGAGAACAGAUGAAGAUGAUGAAGAAGACAGAAGAUUUUGGGAGGAGCCUACACCAUAUACCCCAGAAUCUAGAUUAGAAACUCACAGAUAUAUUGAAGAAAAACGGAGAGCUAAAGACAAUAUAAGGGAAACAAAAAAGAGAGAGAAGCCUCUUCAGACAUUGGUCACUGCAGAAGGAAGAGUCCUGAAUGUGAAUGCACCUAAGCUUCAUUUCUCUUUGAAAGAUGAUGAAGAAAACAACCAGAUCAUCUUGGAUCUUGCUGUUUACAGACAUUUGGACACUUCUCUGCUUGAUGUUGAUAUCCAGCCAACUUACAUACGAGUACUGGUGAAGGGGAAGCCAUUUCAGCUUGUGCUCCCUGAGGAAGUGAAGCCAGACAGCAGCUCUGCUAAAAGAUCACAAACAACUGGUCAUUUGGUUGUCAGCAUGCCAAAGGCUAAAGAAAUAAUCCUGGCUAAGCAAAAAGUAUCAGCUUCAAUUAAACAUUCUGACUGCAAUGCACUGCAAAAAAAUGCAAGA